CGAAACGUGUCUCUUCUUAUCUUUAACAUUGCCUUAUUCAAAAAUCCAAUGCUUCCCAUCAAUAUAAAAGGCUAGUUUGGAUCCACUUUCUAUACAUUAAAAAAUGGCACAAUCUUCAUCCACUAGCAGUGGUCUUAGGUUAGCAGGCAAAGUAGCCAUUGUUACCGGAGGUGCCAGCGGCAUUGGCAAAGAGACGGUGCAUGUCUUUGCCGAACAAGGUGCACGCAUGGUGGUGAUUGCUGACAUCCAAGACGAGUUGGGUAAACAAGUAGCGGAAUCCAUUGGCACGCACAGGUGUACCUACAUUCAUUGUGAUGUCGUAGACGAAGAUCAAGUCAAAUAUCUCGUUCAAUCAACGGUUGAUGCUUAUGGACAGGUAGAUAUUAUGUUCAGCAAUGCUGGAAUUGCAAGUCCUAGUGACCAGACCGUGUUGGAAUUUGACAUUUUUCAAGCUGACCAUUUGUUCUCGGUUAAUGUCCGAGGAAUGGCAUUGUGCGUGAAACACGCAGCGCGUGCGAUGGUGGAGGGGCAAGUGAGGGGUAGCAUUGUCUGCACGGCGAGUGCCGCCGGUAGUCACGGUAGUUUGAAGAUGACAGAUUACGUAAUGUCGAAGCACGCGAUAUUAGGGUUAAUGCGUUCAGCAAGUAUACAACUUGCAAAGAAUGGGAUAAGGGUGAAUUGUGUUUCACCAAAUGGAUUAGCAACACCGUUGACUUGUAAAUUGCUAGAUGCGGGUCCAGAGACAGUUGAUUUGAUUUUUUCAGAAUAUAAAAGGUUGGAAGGAGUGAUUCUCAACACUAAACAUGUUGCAAAUGCUGUUUUGUUCCUUGCAUCUAAUGACUCUGACUUUGUCACUGGACUUGAUCUUCAUGUGGAUGGUUAUUAUGUUUCUGGUAAAUCUGAACUAGCUUUUUAAUAUAAAAAAUUUGUAUUGUUUCAAAAAAAAUAAUGUAUUUGUAAUAAAUUUGUUUGAAGGAUAAAAUAUUCCUCAUCACACUUCUAGUUGGAGUGUUAGUGGUGCAAGUAAAUGUAUGUAACAAAAUUUGAAACUCAGUAGUUCGAGUUUUUAAUUUUCUUACUAAGGAGUGUGAGUUUUGUUAAGAAUAUUCAUGUACUUACUUAUGUUGGAUUAAUAUACUUUAUUAUAUUGAA